AUAUUUGCAGUCUUUCCUUCCGUUGAGCCAGCUAGUCAGUUUCGGUCCACACCUGCACACAGCCUCUCAUCUUUAUCCUCCCACAAGUACUCACAACAUGGAUGAUUUUGACAUGCUGAACGCGCCCCCCGCUGGAAACGGUGUUGGCUCGGAUGAAGAUCCCGCUGCUGCGUUUUUGGCCCAGCAGGAGAGCGAAAUCGCGGGGAUUGAAAAUGACGAAGGCUUCAGCAUCCUGGACAGCGGAGAGGUCCCCUCGUCGCUGGGAGACUCUACCGAUGGUGCCGUCAACGGAGAGCUUCAUGGGGAAAGCAACGGUCCAUCUGACGCCUAUGCAGCAAUUUCCAGUGCAGACCGGCUGCAGGCCGAACCUGAAAGCCUACGCAAGUGGAGGGAGGAGCAAGGCGAGCGGCUGGAGUUGCUAGAUCAAAACUCUCUGACGCAGGAGUCAGAGUGGAAGGAGAAAGCCAAGGUAGAGCUGGAAGAGUGGCACGCCAGGCAGAACGAGCAGCUGGAGAAAACCAAAACCAAUAACAGGGUGCUGGAUGAAGACUUCUACAAGCAGCCCUUCUCUGAGCUCAUUGGUUAUGUGUAUGUUGCUCCAACUAACAUCCUCCCUUCUCAUGUUUUCUUUAUUUACCCCCCCCCCCCCCCUCCCCCUCCCCCUCCAUUGUCAUCAACUCCGAGCAUCCAACCAUUGCCAUCAUCUCAUUACUAGUUCGGGCAGUGUUGACAUUUUUUAGUUCCAUGUUCAUGUUUGAACUACUUUGAUUUGGGAUUUUGUUACAUGCUUCAACUAGCUUUGUCUUUCUUUUUGAAAUGUCAACCACAGUAAUAAUUAUUCCCCCAUAUGUCUGCAUGUCAUCUGUGAGUGGAUGCCUGUCAGGAAGUUAUCCGUAAAGAGAAUGACUGCAUGCCACUUCACCUCCACGCUCCUCAGUCCCAUCCGUGGAAAUGAAAUGAAUCCUUUCAUGACCAGACCUCAUCCGUUUCCAUGUCCGUACUCUUUUCCUGCUUCACUUCAGCCAAAGUUCCCAACGAUUAACGCUUGCUUACAUUAAUUGUAUGAAGUGUUUUGUUUCUACUUAACACCUUUUUAUUUCUCUCCCCAAAUUAAUCUUCAAAAUAUGCUAUUCAGGAGUAGGAUGCGUAUAGAUUUGUUUGAAGCAAGUGUGUUUUACUAAUUGGACUCGUUUGUUUGGGUAAACCUGACAUCACCUAAACUUGUUGUUUAUAAAAUAAGAUAUUAUUUCACUAAACAAUGUGCAGAGUUGGCAUUGUUUUUGGUGACAAUUCCUUCCUCUGAAAGUAACUUCCCAUAUUCCCAGCCCUAGCCACUCGGUUAUGUAAAGACGAGGGCUAUGCGCAGAACAGGAUAGUGCCAAACUGUGUGACGGUCAAGUUGUAUUCCUUUUAUUUGGACUUUUAAUUAGAGGAUUAUCUGCAAGCUUCAGAAACUCCAUUUGAUAUCUUGUUUUGCCUUUUUAAGAAUAUUUUACAUUUAUAUAGCCUGCAGGAAGGUCAUAAAUGGUUUAGGGACAUUUUUCUUUCUGUAUUAUUUUGGUUCCUCAGUUUCCAGGUAGCAUUAAACGGUUCAGAUUUUGGGUUUCUUAAGCCUGCAGAUAUACUUGACUUGUGAUAUUGAGUCCAGCACUCACUAUCUCUCUUUCCUCUCGCUCAGAGAAAAUGCACAGCAAAGACUUAAUUGAAAGCACCAUUGGUCAUAUCAUGGUUACACAACUGCUUCAAACUGAACUGUGUUCAUGCUUCAGAAUGUCAGCUGCUCCGUAGCUACUGCUGUACGACACGAUGGCGUGCUAAUUGCCCCAGCUAGCUGGCCAAUGAGCCGAGCUGUGCAGCCUUUGGUUUUGCUCGAAAAUGACUAUUGAGCAGCCAUUAGGCUGCAUUGUGGUGUGCAUGCUUUUUAAAAAUUGUUAUUAUUCAUCAGGUUUGGUUUCCAGGUUCAAGGAGAGACCAAACCUGUAGCAGUAAUAAACAUAAAAAGUACAUAGCUGAAAGCUAUCACAUUUUCCCUGGUAAACAUCUUUAUUUCUAGUUCUUUCAUCAGCUUGCUCGUUGAGCUCGAUUCAUUACAUUUUCACUGUAUUUGUAAAUUAAUAGACCUGAACAUGUUUUGAAUGCCUCGCGGUAUAAAGAGUUUGUCUCAUGAUUAGGAAAAGGGGUAUUUUACUGUGUUUUUCAAUAGCCAGUUUUUUUUUUAAAUUAUUCAUAUUUUGAUUAAGUGCACACCUCAAUGCAGUUUAUGCAGCGUAUUAUUCCCUUUUAUAUGUGGGAUUGUUGGUGUAGAAUGAACCUUUAUCACACAUCUUGUUAGUGUGAGACUGAGGGGGACUCCAUUUCUAAGCAUUCAGUCGGAACAAAAAGGCUUGUGUGAUGUGAAUACCACUUCCCACACAAAUGUUGGGAAUUAAAAAAUGUGACGAGAAUGAAUGCACCUGAACAAUGCCUACUAACGUCUGGGGGGAGUGGGAGCUGCAAAUGUUGUUAAAUGAAUUGCGUUAAUGUCUUGAAACAAGGUAAUCUUGCUCGUAGGUGAGCUCUUGAACAUUAGUUAAAAAAUCAACACAGUUGUGUGAGUGUGAGACAGAAAUAUAGCAUAAAGCAAAAAUGUCUUUUCCACUCACCAAACCAAAGGCUGCACAUCAGAAUAAUUCUGAACACUGUUGAAGAAAAAAAGAUGACAUUUAAAAAAUGGUCGCUUUUGCAUGCUGGCUUUCAACAUCUGCAUUAAGCUCAUUUUUGUUGUCUUUCAUUUCCCCCCCCCCCCCCCCUCUCUCUCUUUCUCUUCUAAAUUCUGACUUGUGAAACUGUUUCUCCCUGUUU